AUUAACGUAAAGUGCUUUGCCUUCAAUGAACCACAACGAAGACUAAACUCGCACGAAUCCGUCCAUUUUAUUCAUUUGUAAUAUUGUUAGAGUUUGAUUUGUGUCUUUGUAAAUCUCGAAUUGCUACUUUACCACGCAGCCCUAAUCUGAAAGAUAAAUUGCGGUUAUAUUUUUAAGUGUUUCUACAAGUGUUUUGAACAAGGAAAUCAUCUUAGGCUAACGUUAUGUAGCAAGCUAAUCUCAUUUAUUCAUUAGUAGACUCAGCUGAUACAGUGGAAAUUGUGAUAAAUCCGACAUAAAGGUAUGACCGAGUACAAACUUGUUGUAGUGGGGGCAGGAGGUGUGGGGAAGAGCGCCCUCACCAUCCAACUCAUCCAGAACCACUUUGUGGAUGAAUAUGAUCCAACUAUCGAGGACUCAUACAGAAAACAGGUAGUGAUCGAUGGAGAGACGUGUCUGCUGGACAUCCUGGACACUGCAGGUCAGGAGGAAUAUAGCGCCAUGAGGGACCAGUACAUGAGGACGGGCGAGGGCUUCCUCUGUGUGUUUGCCAUCAACAACACCAAGUCCUUUGAAGAUGUUCACCUCUACAGAGAGCAGAUCAACAGAGUGAAAGACAGCGACAGCGUUCCCAUGGUGCUGGUGGGGAACAAAAGCGACUUGAGCUCCCGUACAGUGGAGACCCGACAGGCGCAGGAGCUGGCGCGAAGCUAUGGAGUACCAUUUGUUGAGACCUCCGCCAAAACCAGACAGGGUGUUGAAGAGGCUUUCUAUUCGCUAGUACGGGAGAUUAGAAGAUACAAGGAGACCAACCGCAGCAACAAGAAGAGCAAGAAGAACACUCAGAGACGUUGCACAAUACUAUAGCAGACCACACACAAGCAUCUAUUACAGCACUUGUUUUUAUGCUCCCUCAUACACACUGCACCUCCGCUUUCUCUUUGCACAUGUCCAGUAUGCUUCUGGACAUCCACUUACAGUAAAUGUGGCCAUUUAUUCAUGUGCAGUGCCCAUUGAAGACUAAAUUCAGGAUUUCCUUUUUUAACUGAAAUUUGUCCGGCCAGUGUUUUUACUUCACCUGUUGACUUUUUAGGGAUAAAGUGUUCACAGCGGUGCACCACCCACUGCACUCGGAUGAAUUAACACGUUUUUAUGUUGACCGAUGUUGUAAUCGCUCAGUGUAGAUCUGACUUACUUGGAGAUACCACAAAACGUGACUGUUGAAACCUUUUGGAAGUUGAGAAAUGUCUUGUCUUUGUGUUUUUUCUUAGAUCGGUGUAGCCUCUGAGAUUUGAAACACAACAGCCAUAUCUCAAUUGUUUUUUUUUUUAUUUCAUAAAAACAGUAUGUCAGUGAAAAAGCUGUUUUAGGAUAGGAUGACCACAGUAACAAAGAUUCAAAUUGUGUUCCAGACUCUUAGGUGCACUUUAUUCUCUUUUUUUUUUUUGUGGUAUGUAGGAUUAGUUUGUGCCAUAUACGUUUACUCAGGAAUAUGGUGUUUUAUCAGAAAUUGAGGAGAGCCAGCCUUGGUUGGGACUAGAUUUCAUGUAGUCACACUGUAUUCCAAUGUAUACUUUAACUGCAUUUUUAAGCCAGUGUUUUUGAUGAUGGUAGUUAAUGUCAUUGUGUCCAAAUUCUGUUUCACAGAUACAGUUUGAGCAUCCGCUACUUAACAUCACCCUCUGGUAAAGCAUGUGGUUUUCCUUGUCUAUAUGCUACAGUUAAAACCACAUUGAUGAUGAAACCUGUUUUAAUUUAGUACAAACUCUCCAGAGAUGUGACACAGCAACAGACUUAUCUGAUCAUACUUGAUGCUAGAAGGAUAUUCAAUAGGGCAACAAUUUUUAGUUGGCCUUGUUUUAUUAUUAGUUACGCUAAAUGCAAUGGACUGAUGGGUUUCUGUUUUUUUUUAGCAUUACAUGCCACUUUUUUCAAUCCAGAAAGCCCAGCCUGUAUUGAUAAACUGCUGAAAGGUGAAUCAGCAGCUCCAAACACCUCAUUAAAACCAUGGAUUUCAACUGAACUAAAUGUGUUAAAACUUGGUUUGAUCUAAAACAGUUUGUCAGUGAUGUAAAACCUGGAAUGCACUCUGCUGUACAAAGAGCAAAUGUGUUUGGCUUUUACAUCAUUUGUUUUAUCCACUUUGUCUCUUUUAUAAUAAAGACAGUUUAAUUAAA